AUGCAGUCGAAGAGGAUGUCGAUGCAGCCGUGGAGGCAGCAUUGGCGGCCUUUCAACGGUCCUUGGAAGAAAUUCACCGCCGCUCAGCGUGGUCAAGCUCUGCACAAGCUGGGAGACCUGACACUGGAAUAUAAGGAUGAGCUCGUCUGGCUGGAUGCGACUCCCAUUGGCAAGCCUUUGCCCUUCGCCCAUAUGGAAGUUGAAAUGGCAGCCAAUACCCUUAAAUACUACGCUGGCUGGGCGGAUAAGUACGCUGGUGAAUCAUUCCCCGGUAAUGAUGGCUUCAUCAAGAUUGUCCGGCACGAGCCUCUUGGUGUUACAGUGGGCAUUAAUCCGUGGAAUGGGCCCCUUGCAACAGGCAACGUCAUGAUCCUAAAGCCCAGCGAGAAGACACCGUUUGGAUCGAGUCGGUUUGCAGCCCUGGCAACACAAUCGGGAAUUGCUCCGCCGGGCGUCACCCAGAGCCUUCCUGGAGCAGGUGCCACGGGCGCCUUGCUUUCCAGUCAUAUGAAGGUUCGUAAAGUCAGAUUUACUGGCUCUGUGCCCACUGGCCGGCGCGUCCAGCAGGAUGCUGCGACCAGCAAUCUCAAGCGUGUCACCCUCGAGCUAGGUGGGAAAUCUCCAGCGGCUAUCUUCGAAGAUUGCAACUUUGAAGUUGUGCUAUUCUGGUCCGUACUUGCCAUUGCCCAGAAUACCGGACAGGCGUGUUUUGCUGCAAGCCGGCUCUUCGUGCAGGAGAGUAUAGCAGAGAAGUUCAUCGGCGUAUUUAUCCGUGCCAUGGCGGAAGCGGCCAAGACGAUUGGCCAUCUAACAGAUCCUGCGACGCAGCUAGGACCUCUCGCAGAUAAGGCUCAACUUACUCGUGUAGCCUCCUUUGAGAAGGACGGUGGCAAGACAAAGGUCCUGUAG